AUGUCCCGCACGAACGGCGCGGGUCCUCGGGUGCCCAUGCACGGCUCCAAGCCGGACCUGUUUGGCGUUCUUUCCAUCAUCCAGCCUUCUGCGGUCUCUGCUUCUGGCGCUUCCGCUUCUGGCACUGACGACGACGGCAGCGAGUCGUGGUCUUGUUCCACGAGUGAGGGGACGGGCAGCGAGUUUGAAUGCUGCAGAGUCACUUCCCGCCGAACCACUGCAGACCGGGAAUUGAGAGGCCUCCUGGCCCAGCGUGACAGCAUCAAUGCAAGCAUCGAGGAAUACGUCCGACGGCGAGGUUUAGAACUUCCGACAGCCCAGGACGUUACGGAGCACUCGUACCUGGAGUUCGUCUCGCCCGAGGUAGAGAGAAAGUGGCGGGAAGAGGGUUGCUGCGAUCAAGUG